AGGGCGAUACCCAAAUUUUCAUUGACUGCAGCAUUGGUAGGCCUAUCGAAGUAUUUUGCUUAUUCUUUAACGUCAUGUCUCAUUCAAAUAACAUUCAGUCGCAAGACCAUCUUGGGAAAAAUAAAGAAGUAUCGUAUAAGAGGACACCCGCUUCUGCUAGUGAUUUGAAAGAGCAAAGGUUUUCCAACAAAGAUAGAAAAGCAUUCAAAAGAAAAUGGCGAGAAGAAAAACUACUAGCUCAAAUGGAAAAAGACAAAAAAAUUCGUCUUGAAAAGGAGAAAAAAUUAAAAGAGGAAGAGCAAGAGAAACAGAAAAAAGACCAAUGUGGUAGAGCAUAUACAGUUUCUAUAGCGCUGCCUGGGUCUAUACUAGACAAUGCACAGUCUAUGGAGCUGCGAGCUUACCUAGCAGGGCAGAUUGCCAGAGCUGCAGCAGUUUUCAAUGUUGAUGAAAUUAUUGUGUUUGAUGAAAAUACACAAUCAAGACAAGAUAAGUCUGAGUUCAGUGGCCUCAAAAAGCCAGGUCAUGGCAAUACACAGCUGUUCCACAUUCUUCAGUAUCUUGAGUGUCCACAGUAUCUACGGAAAGCAUUUUUUCCUUACCACCCAGAUCUAGCCCAUGCGGGCUUGUUGAACCCCCUUGACACCCCUCAUCAUCUUCGAGAAUCAGAUACAAGUCAAUACAGGGAAGGUGUUGUAUUAAAAAAGCCAGUCAGCAAUAAACAAAAUGCAGGAUCUUUUGCAAAUAUUGGUUUAAAACAGGAAGUUCACCUCAACAUGGUAGUACCACCUGGCCAAAGAGUGACAGUAAAGCUAAAAGAACAAACUCCAGAAAAGAAAGUUCUCCAAGGUGUUGUUGUCUCCCCUAAUGAACCCAGAGAAAUUGCAGGUUUAUACUGGGGCUAUACAGUUCGACUGGCAUCCUGUCUUAGUGAAGUGUUUACAAUGUCACCAUAUGAUGAGAACUAUGAUUUGACCAUUGGAACAUCAGAAAAGGGGAAACUUGCAAAUGAUGUUGAAGUUGGAGCAUUUAAACACGCCCUGAUUGUGUUUGGUGGCCUGAAGGGGCUGGAGGCAAGUGUAGAAUCUGAUGACAAAAUUAAGACAGAUGACCCUAGUGAGCUGUUUCACCAUUAUGUCAAUGUAUGCCCCAACCAGGGGAGCCGGACAAUACGCACAGAGGAGGCGUUGUUAAUAGCCCUCACAGCUUUGACACCUAAGCUUACAGCAGCCAACAGAUUAACAGCGACAUCUUGAUGAAAACUUUUUUUUAAAAAUAAA